AUGAAACAAAUAACUCUUCUGGCCACAAUCGGCAUAUUUGCCAUUGUUAUUGGUGGUGCCUGGGCGGCACCUCAAGCUCGCAUUGCUGGUGGUGAUGAUGCUGUGCCCGGUCAAAUACCCUAUCAGGCAGCUUUGUCAAUUGCCGGUCUAUACACUUGUGGAGCGGUGAUUUUGAGUGAACGCUAUGCCCUCACCUCGUUGUAUUGUGUGUGUUCGGCUGGCAGUGAUAGACCUUGGCCACCACAAAUGUUCAGUUUCACCGCUGGCACCACCGAUCUGUAUUCCGGUGGUGUACGCAUCGUUGUCGAGGAGAUCACGGUUAAUCCCAAUUAUCAUGAUCUCUCAACUGGUAUUGCCCUGCUAAAACUCACCCAGCCUUUGGUCUUCUCUGACUACAUUCAACCAAUUGAAUUGGCUCAGACGAAUCCACCUCUAAACGCUGAUGUUGAAAUUUCCGGUUGGGGUCGCACCAAAGAGGGCCAGACGGAUAUGUAUCGUUAUUUGCAGAUCAAUGGUGCUACCGUCGUCGAUAGCAUGGAGUGUACCCGAGUAUUGGGUCGUUCAGAUCCCGAUAUCCUCUGCAUGAGUCAUCCACGUAAAAAUGGCAUCUGCAUGGGUGAUUUUGGUGGUCCCGCCGUAUAUAAUGGAAAAGUUGUGGGCAUUGCUUCCGUCGUAAUGGGUGAAUGUGGUAGCCUGUUGCCGGAUAUUUUCACCAGUGUUGCGGAGCAUUAUGAAUGGAUUCAAAAGACUAUGGAAUUGUAA